UGCAUAUAGUCUUCAUUUAUGAACACUUUCACUACAGUUUGCCAUCGUCUGACGUGAGUAAUGGUAUAAAGUCAGACAAGAAACUGUCACAAAAACGAAAUUUAUAACUUUUUUAAAGGAUAAUUAAAAAGGUGAAGGAAUUUUCGUUUAAGCUGAACAUGAUGCUUCUUCAGAUCAUUUCGCUAAUGUUGUUGGUGCGCACCGCAAACAGUCAAGGAAACCUUUUUGAUAUGUUUGGAUUUGGCACAGGCAUGGGCGGUGCUGCAGAUCCCUUUGGAACAUUUGACCCUUUCUUGGGAGCAGGAGGAGGGCUAGGCGGCGGGAUGGGAAGUAGCUUUGGAAGUGCAGCAGCACCACUAGCACCAACUGGACCAGACCCAGCGGCGCAAAAUGCUCGGCUUACAAUGGCCGAGGAACAAAUGGCAGAAGUCAUGGGCGAAAGCCCAACCAAUAGUCCAGAACGACAGCGAAUAGAUCGUCUCAUAAAAGAAAGUGGUGGUCAGUUUACUGGUGAUGCUGCUCCAUUAAACUAUUUAGUGCAAGAUUAUCUAAUGACAACUCCAGGUUCGGUUCCGCCUCCUCAACCAAAACAAAGACCAGCAGGAGGAGCAAAUGCAGGCAUGCGACGUCAAGGUAGAAGGAGGAAUAGAAACCGACAAGGUAGGAGGCAAAAUGUUGGUAACCGACCAAACAGGAAUGGAAACAUAAGAAACGGACCAGCAAGUCCUAAUAGGAGACCACCAUCACCUAAUCCUACACGGCCUACCGGUCGAAUAGGCAAGCAAACUACAUAUCCACCAAGGCCUAGAAAGACGGCCCGACCGAUGAAUCAAGGUCGGGCGUUUCAGUCAAAGCCACCGCCAAAUAAUCGAAUGUACCAAGGUCAGCCAAUGAACAAUCAAAUGCAUCAAGGUCAACCACCGAACAAUCAAAUAUAUCAAGGCCAGGCACCACCAAUAAAUAAUAUGUAUCAAGGUCAACCGCCACCAAAUAAUCAAAAUUAUCAAAAUCUGCCACCACAAAACAGUCAAAAUUACCAAGGUCAGCCGCCACGUAAUCAAAUGUAUCAAGGGCAACCAUCACAAAAUAACAAUAUGUAUCAAGGUCAGCCACCAAGUAAUCAAGGUCAACCAUCUAAAAGCAAUCAAAUAUAUCAAGGUCAGUCAACCAUAAAUAAUCAAGGUUAUAAAGGACAGACAAAAAGUAGUAUGUACCAAGCUUCACAACCUGUAAAAAGAAGAAACUUUCAAGGAAAUGCACCGACAGGUCAAACACAAGGCAAUUAUCAAGCAACACAAGGACCUAAUAAAAACAAUAAAAUUCAACCGGCAAAAUCAAGACAAGGCGGGCCUAUUGCAGCCGACAGACUGAAACGAAUCCAAGGACGUAUUAAUACAAUCAAUGGUCAGUUACUUCAGGCUCGGCAGAAUAAUAACAUGGCCCAAGUAACUGAUCUACAGGCUCAGCUGGAAGCUCUUAAUGGCGUCAAACAUAUUUUGACUGGUGGCUCAUCGAAAACCAACAACAACCAGGUGAAAACAAUACGAGGACUAUCUAAGACUAAGCAACUACAAAUGCCUCCACCAAGUCAAGCACCCCCGCAAAAUAACGUUCCAUACGGUCCACCGAAAAUUAAUAGGAAUAAUCGUAACAAUUUAAACAAUGGACCUUAUAAUAAUAAUUUCCAAGAAACGAACAUUGGAGGGGGAAAGUUUGCACAAACUUGGAGGGCAGAAACGCCAGUACCCACUAAUCCUCAACAAAACUAUCAGCCAGUACCCCCUAAUCCUCAACAAAACUAUCAACCAGUACCCCCAAAUCCUCGGCAAAACUAUCAGCCAGUACCCCUUAAUCCUCAGCAAAACUAUCAACCAGUACCCCCUAAUCCUCAGCAAAACUAUCAACCAGUACCCCCUAAUUCUCAACGAAACUAUCAACCAGUACCCCCUAAUCCUCAACAAAACUAUCAACCAGUACCCCCUACUCCUCAACAAAACUAUCAACCAGUACCCCCUACUCCUCAACAAAACUAUCAACCAGUACCCCCUAAUCCUCAACAAAACUAUCAACCAGUACCCCCUAAUCCUCAACAAAACUAUCAACCAGUACCCCCUAAUCCUCAACAAAACUAUCAACCAGUACCCCCUAAUCCUCGUCAAUAUCCUUACCAAGCAGCAGGAAAUGGAAAUGCAUAUAACCAAAGAAAUUCAGGGUUUAACAAGGGCAACCCAAAUCGUCAGUGGCCGCAAGCAAAUGUAAAUAUUCAGCCAUACCAAAACGCUGGGCCUACAGCUGAUCCUUAUGCACCGUACGAUCAAGGCAUUAAUCAACAGACAGCACCUUUUGAUGCAUACGUUCUACCAUACGAUCAAGUAUACAAUCAUGGAUUGAAUCAGCAACAACCAGUGUACGACCCGUAUGCACAAACGUAUGAUCAAGGUAUGAAUGUACAGGGAGGAGCUGCAAAUACUGCACCCGCACCACGUAGAAGGCAAGGAAGGAGAAAAGGUGGAGCAAAACCGGCAGCAGCACCACCACCACCAACACCAGCUCCUACUGGUACAACUGCAGCCCCCGUAUUAGGCGACAUAAAACUGAUCCGUGGUGAGGAAUAUAUUUAUACUGAUGCAGAUGGAUACGAUACUUUCCAGUGGAUAAAGAAAAGUACAAUACCUGCUAGUCAACUAGAUCAUUUACCACAGAAACAGGCUGGUCAAGAACAACAACAGGGUCAGCAGGCGGCGGCGACGGAGGGAGCGGCGGCGGAGGCGGCGGCAGCGGAGGCGGCGGCGGCAGCGUAAUUACACCAGAUCGUGAUCAAUGAUAUUAAUGAAACUGAUAGGGCAUGGUGUGGAAGUAAAUUAUGUUAAGCUUCGAGAUCGGCAUUUAAUACAUCGCAUGUUUUUAUUUCGCGUACAUCUCCAUGUUGUAUUCCAGAUACGGUAUAAAUGUAAACUGAAUAAUGUUUGGACAGGGUGAUAUCACUUUGUAUGAUUAUGCACCGGCACAUGAAGUAUGUUGAUUUGUAUACCUACCAACUUUUUAAAUGGUACAGUUAUACAUUUCUACCAGUUUUUGUAUCAAACAUGAUUACUUGAACUGUUAGUUUCAGUAUCAACUGUCGGACAUUCCUUUGCUCAGCCUGAACAAUGUUUUACGCGAAUUACGAAGAAACUGGUGUUGUGAUUAGCGGCAUAAGGCGGAGUAUUCAAACUGAGCUGAAAAGUUCACAGUCCAGGCAAUACGGUGAACAUGCAUUAAUUGUACAUCUACAAAGCAGACAUCUGUCUAAUCUCUAAACUGAUGCUGAUGCUCAAAGUAUGGGAGAAUGUGUUAGCGAGUUAACGUUAUUAAAUUUAAAAUGUAUUUAGGCCAUUGUGUAAUUUUCUUGUUUACUAUUUUUCAGUCUUGUAAAUGUAUAGACCUCAUUUGAAUGAUCAAUAGAUACUUAGUAAAAUGUUACAUGAUUUUUAGUGUAUAUUAAAUUUUAUGAUUCUAUAAGUUGACAUGAUAUCUUAAAAAGUUAUUGACACAUCUUUUUUCUAAAAUUCAUUUUUUGGACAGAAAAUUUAUAAAACGUAACAUAUAUGUCAUUGAGGUAUGACGUGAAAUAUUUGAAAAGCUGUUUCCUUUCGUGCGGAAUGUUUCUCUUUAAUGUGACAAUUCAUCCAAAUGCUAGACAGUGAGUGUCAUGUUGUAUACGAAUAAUGCAUUUUCAUGUUACAAAGUGUAAGAGAUGAGCGUUAAAAGGGAAAUUUACAAAUGGCGCAAGGAUUUCGAAACAUGUGCAUAUUUAACUUUAUUUGUGGUGAUUCAGAUAUAUAUUGAAUUAAAAGAAUAUAAGUA